CCCAUCUGCAAGAUCUGCUUCCAGGGCCCCGAGCAGGGUGAAUUGUUAAACCCUUGCCGCUGCGAUGGCUCAGUACGAUACACGCAUCAGCUUUGCCUUUUAAAGUGGAUAAGUGAAAGAGGGUCAUGGACCUGUGAACUCUGCUGUUACAGAUACCAUGUUAUAGCCAUUAAAAUGAAAAAGCCUUGUCAGUGGCAAAGCAUUACUAUAACACUGGUUGAGAAAGUGCAGAUGGUUGCUGUAAUCCUAGGAUCACUGUUCUUAGUAGCAAGUGUGACUUGGCUUCUAUGGUCAGCCUUCAGCCCUUAUGCAGUAUGGCAAAGAAAGGACAUCCUUUUUCAAAUCUGCUAUGGAAUGUAUGGUUUUAUGGAUCUAGUAUGCAUAGGACUGAUAGUCCAUGAAGGUGCAUCUGUUUAUCGAGUGUUUAAGCGCUGGAGGGCUGUGAAUCUACACUGGGAUGUGUUAAAUUAUGACAAAGCCAUGGACAUAGAAGAGAGCAAUCGAGGAGAAUCCUCAGCAGGGAGGACAUUGUGGCUGCCACUGACUGCAUUUAGAAACAGAAGUUUAGUUCAUCCAACACAGUUAACCUCACCGAGAUUUCAGUGUGGCUAUGUGUUGCUACACCUGUUCAACCGCAUGAGACCUCAGGAGGAUUCAACAGAGGAUAACUGCUCUGGGGAAGUAGUGAUGAGAGUGACCUCAGUGUAAAGAUUGUGCUCACUGUGCUACACAGAUAAGGAUAACAUGCCCUGGUGUUACAGGACUUCAGAAUGUAGUUAUGAUGAAUGGUGAAACCAUUAACACUUGAAAAAAUAUAUACACUUCUUUUUUUAAAUUUAAUGUUUUUUAUAUGAUCAGAUAAAACACAAAUACAUUUUUCUGGGGAAAAAAAGUCUCUUGCUUUUUAUAUAGUCUGAUUUAUUGAAUCUUUUCUCAAUUUAUACCUGAGGUGUAUGUAACAUAGCUUAACUUAGGUCUUUGAAUGAUGAGGAAACUAAUUUUUAAGUAAAAAGAUAUAUUUAAAUGUAUUUUCUUAAACUCUGGCUUUAAUCCACUACUAUUAUUUUUAUCACUUACAUGAGGAUUAAACUGGACAACAUUCUUCCAAAAAGAAUAAGAAUGUUGACGUAAGUCAAAUAGUCUUCCCUUUCUGUCUUUUUUUUGUUGUUGCUUGUAGCUCAGUUGAGUUGUGUGAAAGUAAGUGCGGGAUAUAUUGUCCUUUGCAUUUAAGCAAAACCUAAAGGAAGAUGGGAAGUCUUUUCAUUUAGCUCUCCCAGAUGUCUAUGCAGGAUAUCAGACACAAGUAUGACACAGGGGAAGAGUCUUGUACUGCAUCUCGAGUCUUUUAAGAUCUACAGAAUGCUGGUGCUAUGCCUGUGCACAGAAAUAACCUUCUGAGCAGCGCUGCUGGAAUUGGCAAUGUCUGAAUUUUUAGUACCAUUCUAAUUAUAGGUCAUUGACAUCCCUUUUAAAAAAAAAAAUCUAAAAAAAAGUGCAUUGCAACCUCUGGAAUAAUAAUAAAUCCUGAUAGAAGAUUAAGGCAUCACUCCCAGUUCUUUUGCCUCUUCUAUGUAUACUGAAGUAUAAAUUAUACAGAACCUUAAUUUUGCCAGGGAACAAAUCAUCAUGUUAAAAUGAGCUAAUGUCAUGAUAGAUCAAUGCUGUGAAUUUUGCUUCUCUUGUUUCUGUUUCAUGCCAAAAACUCUAAUAGAAUUUAAUCAAAUGGUAAUGGAAAUGGAAAUAAUUUUCAACUUAAUAAUAAGCCUGUUGGAGACUGAGAUAGAAAGGCUGAAAUUACUCUGAGCACACUAGCUUACUCAAAACAAUUUUGUAGAAUCAUAGAAUAUGCUAAUUUGGAAAGCAUCCAUCCGGAGCAUCAAGUUCAACCCCUGGCCCUACACAGGACACCCUGAGAGUUACACCAUGCACUUGAGAGCUUUGUCCAAACAUUCCUUAAGCUCCGUCAGGCUGGUGCUGUGACCACUUCCCUGGGGAGCCUGCUGCAGUGCUCAGUUCACCUCUGGUGAAAAAUCUUUUCCUGAUACACAAUCUAAACCUCUCCUGACUCAGCUUAAAGCCAUUUCCUAGAAUCCUGUCACUGGUCAUGAGAGUGAAGCAGUAUCCAUUUGUUGUGGUUUCACCCCAGCCAGCAGCCAAGGCCCAGGCAGCCACUCGCUCAGUCCCCCAUCAGUAGGACAUGGGAGAGAAUCAGAAGUGUAAAAACCAGAAAACUCAUGGGCUGAGAUAGACAGUUUAUGAGGGAAAGCAAAAUACACACACACAAAUUAAACAGGGAAUUCAUUCACCACUUCCCAUAGACAGGCAGGUGUUCAGCCAUCAGGAGAGCUGGGCUUCAUCAUACAUAGUGGUUAAUUGGAAAGACAAAAGUCAUUACUCCAAACAUCCCUCCCUUCCAUCCUUCUUCCCCCCACUUUAUAUACUGCACAUGAUGCCACAUGGUAUGGAGUAUCAAUUUGGGCAGUUUGGGUCACUUAUCCUGUCUGUGUCUCCUCCCAAACUCCCAACAACCUUCACCCUCCUCACCAGCAGGGCAGUACGGAAAGCAGAAGAUGCCUUGGCUCUGUGUGAGCCCUGCUCAGCCAUAACAACAACAUCUCUAUCAACAUCUAUUGUCAGCCCUGUGCUCAGCACGAAUCUAAAACACAGUCUGUACCAGAUACUGUGAAGACAUUUAAUUCUACUCCAGCCAAACCCAGCACGUUCCACCCCUCAUUCCGUAGCAUUUGCAUCAUGCCAGGUGCCCACUAUUCAAUAAAAUUGCAGUAACCACCACCUUAACCAAUGCACUGCCCCUCUGCUUCCCCUCAUGAGGAU